ACAGCUCAGCCCCGAUGCACUGCUGGGGGAAUCCGCCCGCAGCCCGCGUCCCGGGCGUCCCACCGCACCGCCGCUGCGCCGGGGCUCGACUGCUGCGCGGAGCUGCCCAUCUGGGGGCCGUGCAGGGGGGUAGCAGUGCCGGGGACGCUGCGGCCUUGGCUGCCGAUGCUCCAGCUCUGCAAGGUCACCUCCUCCCUGCUCAUCAGCAACGCCAAGGCAGCCUGCAACGAGGAGCUGCUCACACGAGAGGGAGUCACCUUCUGCGUCAAUGUCACCCGGCAGCAGCCGUUCCCCAGCCUGCAGCAGGUGCGGGGCAUACGCGUGCCCGUCUUCGAUGACCCUGCUGAAGACCUGUACCGCUACUUCGAGCAGUGCAGCGAUGCCAUAGAAGAGGCUGUGAAGAGCGGUGGGAAGUGCCUGGUUUACUGCAAAAACGGCCGCAGCCGAUCGGCUGCCAUCUGCACUGCCUAUCUGAUGAGACACCGAAAGCUCCCACUCAAGGAGGCUUUUGAGGCUGUGAAGACUGCCAGACCAGUAGCAGAACCCAACUCAGGAUUUUGGUCUCAGCUGCAGAGAUAUGAAGAAGAUUUGCAGAUGCCAAAGCAGUCUGACCUGCUAAGCAAACAACUUAAGAACAGCAAUGCAUGAAGAUGUUUUAGAGAGCAUUAAGUGGCUUGCUGCAGGUUAAGAAAUAAUCACUGCAUCUAUCCCCUCUACAUAAAAUGCCUUACUCCUCAAACUGACUUCAGUGGAUUCGUUCAGAGCAUGACCGCAUGUGGGACAGGGACAGAUAAGCAGGGAGGAAGAGCAGGAACAGAAAAUGGUUGGAAGGACUGUAAACAGAGAGCAUUUCUUUUCCCCUGAGUGCCACUGGAUACGGUAAGGAUGCGUUGAACAAAUGAAUGAGUUACUACACUGCGAUUUUACUC